GAGGCGCCGCGGAAUGCGGGGGCGGAUUGGCGUCAGGAGCUGCUGACGGUCGCCGCUACCUUUCUCCUCGUUGUCCUUCUUCUCCUUCCGUCUCAAUCGCCUUUCGGCCGGUGAGGCUCCGAGCAGGGAAGGCGCGAUGUACGGCUUCGUCAACCACGCCUUGGAGUUGCUGGUGAUCCGGAACUAUGGCCCCGAAGUCUGGGAGGAUAUCAAACGAGAAGCCCAGUUGGAUGAAGAAGGACAAUUUCUAGUCAGAAUUAUAUAUGAUGAUUCCAAAACAUAUGAUUUGGUUGCUGCAGCAACCAAAGUUCUCAACCUUAAUGCUGGAGAAAUCCUUCAGAUGUUUGGGAAAAUGUUUUUUGUGUUUUGCCAAGAAUCUGGUUAUGACACCAUCCUGCGUGUGUUGGGUUCAAAUGUCCGAGAAUUUUUACAGAACCUUGAUGCUCUGCAUGACCAUCUGGCUACAAUAUACCCAGGCAUGCGUGCCCCUUCUUUUAGAUGUACUGAUGCAGAAAAGGGGAAGGGGCUCAUUCUACAUUACUAUUCAGAGAGAGAAGGUCUCCAGGACAUUGUCAUUGGAAUCAUUAAAACUGUUGCUCAGCAAAUCCAUGGCACAGAAAUAGAUAUGAAGGUUAUUCAGCAGAGAAAUGAAGAAUGUGACCAUAUUCAAUUUUUAAUUGAAGAGAAGGAGUCUAAAGAAGAGGAUUUUUAUGAAGAUUUGGACAGAUUUGAAGAGAAUGGUACCCAAGAGUCACGCAUUAGCCCUUAUACUUUUUGCAAGGCUUUCCCUUUUCAUAUUAUAUUUGACAGAGAUCUAGUUGUCACCCAGUGUGGCAAUGCAAUAUACAGAGUCCUUCCACAGCUCCAGCCAGGCUACUGCAAUCUCUUGUCAGUAUUUUCACUGGUUCGGCCUCAUAUUGAUAUUAGUUUCCAUGGAAUCCUUUCACAUAUCAACACAGUUUUUGUGUUGAGGAGCAAGGAAGGACUCUUGGAUGUGGAAAAGUUGGAAUGUGAAGAUGAAUUAACUGGCACAGAAAUCAGCUGCUUACGGCUGAAGGGUCAAAUGAUCUACCUACCUGAAGCAGAUAGUAUUCUCUUUCUUUGUUCCCCCAGUGUGAUGAAUUUAGAUGAUUUAACCAGAAGAGGGCUGUACUUGAGUGACAUCCCUCUUCAUGAUGCCACCCGUGACUUGGUCCUUUUGGGGGAGCAGUUUAGAGAGGAAUACAAGCUAACACAAGAAUUGGAGAUACUAACAGAUAGGCUUCAGCACACAUUGAGAGCACUGGAAGAUGAAAAGAAGAAAACAGACACAUUGUUGUAUUCUGUGCUUCCUCCAUCUGUGGCCAAUGAGCUGAGACACAAGCGCCCCAUACCAGCAAAGCGUUAUGAUAAUGUGACCAUACUUUUCAGUGGCAUCGUUGGAUUUAAUGCCUUCUGCAGUAAACAUGCCUCUGGAGAGGGAGCCAUGAAAAUUGUCAAUCUCUUAAAUGAUCUUUACACAAGAUUUGAUAUUCUGACUGAUUCACGCCGAAAUCCCUUUGUUUAUAAGGUCGAAACAGUUGGAGAUAAAUAUAUGACAGUAAGUGGCUUGCCAGAGCCAUGCAUCCAUCAUGCCCGCUCUAUCUGCCAUUUAGCACUGGAUAUGAUGGAAAUAGCUGGACAGGUUCAAGUUGAUGGAGAGUCUGUACAGAUAACAAUAGGUAUUCAUACGGGAGAAGUAGUUACAGGUGUCAUUGGCCAAAGGAUGCCCCGUUAUUGUCUGUUUGGAAACACCGUUAACCUAACAAGCAGAACAGAAACCACAGGAGAGAAAGGGAAGAUCAAUGUCUCCGAAUACACAUACAGGUGUUUAAUGGCUCCGGAAAAUUCAGAUCCACAAUUCCACCUGGAACACAGAGGUCCUGUUUCCAUGAAGGGUAAAAAAGAACCAAUGCAAGUUUGGUUUUUGUCCAGAAAGUGCACAGAGACGGAGGAAGUAACACACGAUGCUAACUGAGCCGGGUGAAACACAAGAGGACAAAGAACAGAAUUGAGCACUGUGUCCUGCCACUAAUAUAGCCUGGUAGUAAUUAGAUGUGACUGCUGUUGCUACAUUUUGUAUCACUCAUGGGAUCAGUGCUGAACAGUAACAUUUUCAUCCACCUUCCCCAAGCUCCUUUGCUGCUUUCUGUUCUCAUUUGGCUUUUGAUGUUGUAGUAUCUCUGCUGUGGGUAUGCAUUGCCCAAGAUCCCGUGUCUCUGUUUCCCUAUCUAACCUAAGAAUGAACUUUAAGCCAUGCGUAGUCUAGCUAACCAUGAGAAAGAUGGUGCUUCACACAUGUGCUUUUCAUCUUCAUCUGACUAACCUCCAUGAUCUUUACCAUGGUGUGACUCACAGCUGUCUCUGUGAAGAAAGAAAUUCUUACUGAUAGCAAUCAUGAUCUCAGAGAACUGAAAUUUUUAUAACCAUGAUUUGGUAUUUUGCCAGAAAUCUUAUUAUAUUCAUCCAUCUGCUUCUCUUGAGUCUGCCAUAGUGAAAUAUUGCCAUUUGUUCUAGAAACUAACUUCAACGCACUGUCAAUUGCUCUUUUGCUAUGUAGUGAUUCUUGCGUGUUGCAACAUACACAUUUUCUACUUGGAAAAAAGGGUAGGUUGUUUAAUGUAAAGUUAUUGGGAAAUGUGUGCCAAAUUCCAUUCUAAAUCUAAUCACAUUCUUUCCUGUUUGUUUUACUGAUUUGUAGUCAUUCAUGCAUAGUAUGUUGCUGGACAACUUUUUGUAUCAGGGUAAUUUUCUUUGUUUGUGCACAUAUAUGUAUACAUGUACUGCGAUCAAGACAAAAAUGUGGGUGCCCAUUCAGGAAUGUCAGAAUAAUCUGAGCUUUCUGGACCUCUAAACAAGAAAUUCUGAAAUUGAGUCAUCAGGGAAGAUUGACAGAUGAGAUUUCCCAGUGCCCUGCUCCCAAGUAUAGAGAGUGGAUCUGACAACAUCUGUGCCCUUUGUGAAAUUUAGAACUCUUUCUGUAUUAAGAUUACAUGAUUGGGUAGCAGAGAGCAAAAGCGUCCACCAUGAUGAAAAGAAGCUUGAUUGCCCAAAUUCAUCAUAUGAUCAUACAUGUAUAUAGACCUCUGUAAAUGUCACUGCCAUGUAAACAACACUUGCGUUUUUAUGAACUUCUCAUAUUCUAGCCUGAGUUCUAGAUGUGCCCGAACUCACGUUUAGUUUAGAUCAGGCAUGGGAAAACUUUAUUGCCUUGGGACUGCAUUGCGGGCCUGAUCAGGAGGAAAGGGGGCUAGGCACAUGCUGGGUGGGGAAGGCCUGGGAGAGGGCAGGGCCAGGAGGGGGCAGGGAAGGGCAGGGCCCAGGUCAUCCUCAGGUUGCCCUCCCAGCAUAAGGACAGGACUGCUUGUCCCAUCCUUAUGCGUGUGAUUCUUUAUUUCUAACUUGCUCUCUCUCCCUAGAGGGACUCAGGGCAUCUUAUAAAAAACAAAAUUGAUAAACAUUUGAUGCUGUAUACUAUCAACAAUAAAACAUUACACAUACUAUUAAAACACAUUGGAUGACUUUGGCUAAAAAAGUAUAAAUCAGCCAAUCAGGCAUCAAAGAUGGUACAGUUAAGCAAUUAAAAUCUGUAUAAAGUAUAAAAGUAUAAAAAUAUAGCUCUUCAAUAGGUUAUAUAAUCAUUGUCGACUACGUCCACCAGGAUGGAAUCUAUGAUAAUAUUUUUCCUCCUCUCCAUACGCUACUGAACAUUUGUUACAUAACUUUAUUACAGUCUAUGAACCCGCAACUGUUAAAUAGAUAACAUACAGAAGUUAACAGAUCACUCGUAACCGGGGAAAUAUGCUACACAGACACAUACUAAUACCCUGAUCGGAGACUAGGCUCUUUCUCAGCCUUGCUGCCACUGCAAGUAAAUUUGCCACCAUGAGGGUCACCCCGUGGUGCAUGUCCUCCAUCCUUAUGCAGGGAGGAAGGUGGGACAUAUGGCAACUCCCUCGAUCCUCGGGCUGUCCUCAUGGCAUUAUGCCAGGAGGAGGGUGAGACAGGCACCAGAUGAGAGUGGUCUGGAGGGCUCUCAGCCGCCACUGCAACUUCCUCAACCAUUCUCCUGGCAUAAGGAUGGGGCUGCUUGCAACAUCCUUAUACGGGGUGGAGGGUGAGACACACGGUGGCUGAAAGCAUUCCAGAGGGCUCUCAGCUGCUAUGUGCCCCCCCCCAUCUUUUUGGCAUAAGGACAUGGUGGGCUACCAUGUCCUUGUGCCAAGAGGACAGGGAAAAUGAGGAAGGCUUGAGUUAAGUGCCCAGGGGGGCACAUCCGGGCCCCGGGCCUUAGUUUACCCAUGCCUGGUUUAGAUAUAUUGUAGGAAUAAUACAUUCAUUAUGGAUUUUUUUAAAGUGUGUCUUUAUAAAAUAUAAAUCUGUACAUAAAUGUAUAUAUACAUAAAUAUAAUUGUUAUGUAUAAAAUAUGUUGGUUAUUAGUUUAUAUGUAUACAUAUAUAUAGAUCUCAUCAAUACAUAAUAUAUGUAUAGAUGUUUUAUGUUAGUGUGAAAAGGAAAAGGUUUUAAAUUAUGGAUUCUUCUCCUUUUACUGAUCUUUGGAAGGGUUAUUCUCCCAGUGAAAACUUGUAUGUUAAUUUUGGAAAUGAUACAAUAAAUACAUGUUAUCCUUGCCCUAA